AUGGCGGAAAAUGAAAAUAAAAAUAUUGACAGUAAUAAUGAUGAAAAUGAAGUGGAAUAUAGACGACAACCUGAUUCAGUUCCUACACAAGAAUUUAAAAAACCACAAACGCCUACAUCCAUGCAGCUUAUUUUGGGAUUGGUUGCAAAUAUAUCAGUUAUUUCACCUGGAAUGAGUCUUGGUUUCUCAGCAAUUGCAUUACCCACAUUAACAUCACUAACAAAUCCAAAUCGUUUAACUGCCGAUCAAGGAUCAUGGGUUGCAAGUAUGGCAUCAAUAUCAAUGCCUAUUGGUUGUUUAUUAUCUGGAACAUUAUUGGAUCGUUUGGGACGUAAAUUUUCAUUAUAUAUAAUCAAUUAUGUAAUGAUAUUAGGAUGGGCAAUUAUAAGUACAGCGUCAUCUGACAAUACACAAUCACAAUUUAUUCAAUUGUUAAUUGGUCGUUUUAUUGCCGGUAUUGGAACUGGAUUAUGUAGUGUUCCGCCAACAGUUUAUAUGAGUGAAAUAUCUACACCAAAUUUACGUGGAAUGGUUUGCACAUUCAGUUCAAUUGCAUUUGCUUUGGGUGUAUUAUUUAUUUAUACGAUUGGAUACUGUUUUAAAGAUAAUUGGCAACUAGCAGCAACAAUUUCUGGAAUUAUACCAAUUUUCUGUAUUAUAUGUAUUCGUUUCUUAAUUACCGAAUCACCGGUAUGGUAUCAAAAUAAAGGCCGGCCUCUACGUGCACAAAAUUCCAUUCGUAAAUUACAAGGAUUUACAAAGGCACGUCGCAGUGUUCCAAUUCAGUUUGAACAAAUAAUCGAACAAAAUCAAUUAUUAAAUCAAAAUGAAAAAUCCAUACAAAUUAUUCCCGCAAGAAGUAAAUCAAUGCCAGCAUCACGAAUUGCUACUAGUGUUUAUAACGAAACAAGUAUCCCAGUAAUUGAACGUCGUACACUUAAAACAAAAAUUAUGGAACGUGUCAAAUAUUUAUUACAACCAGAAUGUCUUAAACCAUUUGUUAUAAUGUGUACAUAUUUCUUUUUCCAACAAUUUUCUGGAAUAUUUGUUAUAAUUUAUUACGCUGUCGAUAUUGUUAAGGAAGCUGGAAUUGUUUUGGAUCCAUAUCUUGUGGCAAUCAUGAUUGGUCUUGUACGUACUGGGGUCUCUAUGAUGGUCAGUUAUAUUUCCAAACGUUUUGGACGUCGACCUCCAAGUAUUUUAUCCGGUGGAAGUAUGACUAUCUGUAUGGUUAUUUUAGCGUUGUAUUUAUUCUUAAUUCAAGCCGAAAAUAUUGAACCAUCUACAGCUGCAGCUCUUUCAAAUUAUACAUCCGAUAAUUUAACAGAACCCUUAUUAGAAAUUAAAGCUGAUACAAUUCGAGAUAUUUUACUUGAACAUUACCAAUGGGUGCCAUUAGUUACCCUAAUGUCAUAUUUCUUUGCAUCCACCUUUGGCUUUUUAACAAUACCGUUCGCUAUGAUUGGUGAAGUGUAUCCAACAGAAAUACGAGGUUUUGCGGGUGGUUUAACAGCAUUUAUGUGUUAUACAUUCAGUUUUAUUGUGGUUAAAUUGUAUCCAACAAUGUUAGCUGGAUUUGGACGUCCUGGAUUAUUUUUAUUUUAUAGUAUAAUGUCUUUCUUUGGUACGGUAUUUGUGAUCAUGUAUUUACCAGAAACAAAAGGUAAGACACUACAAGAGAUUGAAGAACAUUUUCGAGGUAAUAAACAAUUAAAUAAUAAUGUAUUUGUUGUUGAAAGUAGAAAUUUAGUAACGGAUGAAAAUAGUAUAGAUGUUGAGAAAAAUCAAUACUCAUGA